AUGGUUCUGAGGAUCGAGCAUGUCUCUUGGAAGACGCAACGACGUGAAUCAAGCAAACCGAAUGAGGAGUCCAGACUGUCCGUGUCUGCUACGGCCAGAAAGUCUUCCACUGCAAGGUAUCUCCACCUAGUAGUCUCGGAUGGCGAGCUUCAGGUCCAGGCUAUCUUUGUUCCACUAUCGAACGCUCGCAACAGCAUCAGCCUACACAACGGCGGCAUCAUCGUCGUCAGGAAAUUCAGCGUCAGAAAAGCUCCCAGGUCCAAUGGGCAAGGACAUGUGAUCUACUUGAGCGUGGAAGAAUUUGUAUGGAUUGGUAGCAAGAGAGAGGCCACCGACGAGGCUGAACUUGAGUCUGAAGGUGGAUUCAUCCGGGAAGACGUCGACGGAGGGAAUCAGCAUGCCGUAUAUCAUGGCAUAGCAGGCGCGAACAUUUACAGAAAGCCUCCCCCUGUACGACUGGCGGAAGCUUCAUUCAGCAUGGACUCUCCUCGGAAUCGAAAGACAGGUGUUACUACUGGAGAAUCUACAGGAGUUCGCGCUCCUCCUCAAAGGAGACAUGUGCACCAGCAAUCAAAACUACGUGAGACCGACACUGCCCCUGACGAUGAAGAAGAUUCGUUUGAUACAUUGGCUGUAUCACAAUCACAGAUUGAGAAUCGGAGAGAAGCACUCAGACAAAUCAGUCAGCACAAGUCUGCCCAUACCCCGGCGCAUUCGAGUCUCUACUACUACAGCGAAGGAGCCGGUGACAACGAAGACCAUGACGACGAGGAGGAGGAGGACCAGGACGAGGAGGAAGAGCCGAAAGAAGGCCCGUUUCCGCCACCUGCUGAAAAGUAUGUACCCCUAUUUCCAUACGUCAAAAGCGGAAACAGAAAGCCGACGCAGACCAAUACAGUGACCGACCAUAACCCUGCCAUGAUGGAAAGACCUCUCCACAGCUCAGUCUCACUUCCUAUCCAUACACUCGCGUCUCUUCUGGACUCGAAGUCCAAUCUGCCACGCCGCAGCUACGCAUGUUCCGUCCUUGCCGUUAUCAGCUGGGUAUCGCCUUCGCUCAUCUACAAACCAAACACACCGUUCCCACCUAAACGACAUAUCAAAAUCCACGAUCAAACCAUCAGUGAUCGUCAGGCUGGUAUCACCGUGGCUGUGUUUGUGGAUGCAAAGGACUUCAUGCCAGCUAUUGGUACGGUUGCCCUGCUCAGGGGCGUGGUCAUGCAGAAGUUUGGCGAGGAUGUCAUUUUGAACAAGUACACUACACAUCCAAAUCCUCCAGGAACCAUUAUGGAAAAACCCUGCGAUGACAAAGACUGGUUCGUCACCGAUGAAAGGAUAUUGAAUGACCUUGGCUUUGAUUCGACGUCCUUGAAAACCUGGUGGGACGAAAGAGUGAGGAAGCGAGAGAACAGUGCGAGCCUGAAGUGA